AAAGACUCUUAUCAUCGGCUGCUGUUGUGAUUUUGUAAAUGACGAACGUGGCAUAUGAAUUAAUACUUAUCACACGUCUGCGUGCUUCCUGGGGCAGACCUCGGCAGGACGUAUGUGUCUGUUAAUUAAUGAUCAGAUGAGAUGAGGGCAAAGUAUGCUUCACCUGCCGUGUAUUGCAGCGCAGCAUUGACAGCUGGAUUGAGGAAGACGCACAAUGUCUGAAGCCAGCAGGGUCCGAAAAGUGAGCCAGACUAAUGGAACUGGCGUGGACAACCAGGCCUUUGAAAUAGAGGAGGAUAACAUCACUGAUAGUAUCAGUGUCAAAAGCCAGACAGAAAAGAAGAAGAAGAAGGGACUGGGAUCAUACUUAGGCAAAGUUUCCAAGCCGAUAAACGCCACAGAGGAUUACAUCAAGUCUCACUCGAAAACCUUCAAAUACGUCGUGCUUGGAAUCCUGGGAGCAGGUUAUGUGGCUUACUUCAUCGCAGCCUGUGUACUGGAUUUCCACAGGGCCCUUGCUCUGGUGGUUCUGACCAGUUUGGCUGUUGUAAUUACAUCACUUGAACUUUUAAAGAAGUACAAAGGAGAAAGCAUCAGUCGGUGUUUCAAACCUGCAGUCAGAUGCUUUAAAGCAAACCUCCGGUGGAUCAAAUGGGUUUUCAUACUGGUGGUUGUGGUUCUGCUUGUGCUGUGGCUCGCCUUAGACACAAGCCAGCGUCCGGAGCAGCUUAUCUCGUUUGGAGGCGUGUGCAUGUUCAUCCUGCUCCUUUUCCUCUUCUCCGCACACAGAACAGCAGUGUCAUGGAGGACUGUGUUUUGGGGGAUGGGGAUGCAGUUCUGUAUUGGCCUUUUUGUUAUUAGAACCAACCCUGGACUCGUAGCCUUCCAGUGGCUCGGGGAUCAAGUGAAGUAUUUCCUCGACUAUACCAGAGCUGGGUCAUCGUUUGUCUUUGGGGGUCUGAUUGAUGACAUUUUUGCCUUUCAAGCUUUGCCCAUCAUUGUGUUCUUCAGCAGCGUCAUGUCAGUGCUCUACUUUUUGGGGGUGAUGCAGUGGCUCAUCCUGAAGAUCUCAUGGGUUAUGCAGAUAACGAUGGGAACCUCACCAACAGAGACCUUGAGUGUGGCAGGCAAUAUAUUUGUUGGACAGACUGAAGCUCCGCUGCUGGUCCGCCCCUAUUUAAAGAACAUGACCAAGUCUGAGAUCCAUGCUGUUAUGACUGGAGGAUUUGCUACAAUAGCAGGCAGCGUCAUGGGGGCGUUCAUCUCCUUUGGGAUUGAUGCAUCUUCCCUAAUAUCAGCUUCGGUGAUGGCUGCACCUUGUGCGCUGGCCAUCUCCAAGCUUUCUUAUCCAGAGACAGAGGAGAGUCCCUUCAAAUCAGACAAAAACAUCAAAGUGGCUUCUGGUGAUGAACAGAACAUUUUGGAGGCUGUUAGCAGUGGAGCGUCCGCCUCCAUUGGCCUUGUUGCCAACAUCGCAGCAAACCUGAUAGCUUUCCUCGCCAUCCUCGAAUUCAUAAAUCAGGCUCUGAGUUGGUUUGGAGGUAUGGUGGGGUACCCUGAGGUCACGUUUAAGUUCAUUUGUUCGUACGUCUUCAUGCCUGUGACCUUCAUGAUGGGAAUUCCAUAUGCAGAAAGUUUUAAAGUGGCUGAACUAAUUGGCACGAAGCUCUUCCUCAACGAGUUUGUGGCCUAUGAGGCAUUGUCUAAGCUGAAGAGCAACAGGCUCAACGGGCUGGAUGAAGUCAUCGGAGGUGAUAGACAGUGGAUAUCUGUCCGAUCUGAAGUAAUCACCACUUACGCUCUUUGUGGCUUUGCCAACUUCAGCUCACUGGGCAUCGUGAUCGGUGGUCUGUCCUCCAUUUGCCCGCAGAGGAGAGGCGAUAUUUCAGCCUUGGUGCUGAGAGCCAUGAUCACUGGGACUUGUGUGUCGCUUGUCAACGCUUGUAUUGCAGGGAUCCUCUUUGUUUCUGAACUUGACUGUGUCGAGCUCUUCAAGACGUCUGUUUUCAAUGCCACCAAUGCAGAUAUUCAGACCUGCUGUCAAGAACUCUUUGACAGCACUGUGAACAAUGGGACCAUCUCAUUUACAGGCUCAUGGAGCACAGUAGCUAAUGUCACACAGUUCUUCUCUAACUGCUGCCAGUGUUGUGGUCUAACUUCUGUGGAAGUUUGUCAAUAGUGGAAACAAAUGUCAC